GAUAACAUCAGCACUACUCCCCUCAAAUCAAUGGUAUCGGCACCAUCCACAAAGUCACCAUCGGUGCUAAGUGGCGACAUGAACCAUGAUACCACCAGUCUUGAUGCGAGCACGGCCGAAACAUCGAUAGCUCCGUCGAGUGGAAGUCAUUGGACUGGUACCCAUUUGAACCCAUUAACCAUAAAUAGAGACAGUCUUGCCGCUAGCGUUCCCACCACCAACGAGGUACGGGAUCGCGACAGCGAAAGCAUUGUUACGUUGGCCAGCUCGACCCGGCGAGUACGGCGGCGGUCGCUCGAGACCAACUCGCUGACGGCGGGAAUAGCACCGGCGUCCAUCAUGGAGCGGAUCUCAGGCCAGCCGGUCACCACUACAAACAACUCAGCUUAUGCCAAUAGCUUUAACGAUCACGAUCACGAUCACGACCUGCAACAAAGUGUUACCAAGUCCAACUAGACUGUUGGGCUUUGCUUUGUUGAUACGCUUACGUAUCAUCGCUUUCGCCUAUCCAAAAUGUCACGAGGCUGAAAGCGCGCGAAAUGAAAACAUUAAUUGUUUGGAUUUAUAAUUAUAGUCUCUAGCUGUUUAAUCAACUAAGUUAUAUCCAGUCAACAACCCUCUUAUACAACCUUUGCUUGUCUAGCUCACCAUCCUUGAAUAACAAUGGGGACGUUUUCACAUGGCGAUGGGGUAAUUGAAGGGGAUGUUUAUGUCCAAAAAUUAUCCAGUUAUAUCAAGCGUAACGAAGAGAACCUUGCCAAUGGGCUAUUGAUGUUUUCCAAAAGUAAAAGUGCCAACGCUCAUAGGAUCAAACCCUCACGUUUGAGUAUAAGUCUUCACCACCUAUAUUACCUUCUCGAAAAGAUCGAGAAUUCUUCGUUGGGUGUGGAUAUUGGUCCUUUGAAUAUAAGGCUUGAUAAUCCAAACCACGAACCUACGUUCAUUUCGUUUAUGGCGAACAAUGCCCGUUCUUCCAAACACUUCGACAGCGAUGCCAGGUCUAUCACCUCCAUAAGCUCCAUGAAAUCAAUAGUUUCCACUGCCUCGGUAUACUGGCGUAAUUUAAAUGGUAAUAUGUCCAAGGAUCCAAAGGUUAUUGUUAAGGAUAUCAAGUAUUUGUAUUCUUCAUUUACCAAACUUCCGUGCUUGAUCAUUACUCCCAAGACAAAGAUAAAUUCCAUCUCUGGGUACGAAGAAUAUCCAUGUGAUACUUCUGUUCCGAUAAGAAUGUUCAAGAACCUUCAAGUACUUGAGAUCAUCGACUACGAUCCGAAUGAGAUAUUUGGAUGGCAUAUUUUGAGUGAUCAACUACGGAUUCUUGUUUUGAAAGGGUCGAAGAUCAGUGACAUUACUGAAUUUCUCUUCAAUCUUGUCAUCGAAGAUGAAACUGGCAGAAGUGCAUUUAAUCCCAUCAAAGCCGGAUCCCGUUCAAGAACUUACGACAAUAAUACCCAUGACGACUAUCACGAAUUACUUCCCGGGACCAAUAGUGUAUUCAAACAACCGGGCCAUUCUACACAUACACGCCACCGAUCCUACACUUCUUCCUCCACAACAUCCACCUAUACAUCAAUGACGCCUGCGUUUAAUGCCAAUCCAUCGAUCAACAGCACAUAUACAUCUUUGAGCGGCUAUCACAGUAAUGGCAAUCCGACCCUUACUAGAUCACCAACAGCGCUUCAAGAUGUCCAGGAACACCAAUUGGGUGAUUCCAAAUGGUCUCUUUUGCGCCAAUUGAGUGUGAUGGAUACAUCCAUCACCUCGAUUCCGCUGUUUGCGUUUCGGCCGUUGGCCAACUUGGUCAAGCUUAACCUUUCAAAUAACCUUCUUGAGUCGAUUCCCGAAGGGUUAGAUCAGCUCAUAAAUGUCAAGUAUAUCAAUUUUGCUGAGAACUACAUCACUAAUCUCCAAAAUUUACCCAGAAACCUCAAACACCUUACGACUCUUAAUUUCAACAACAACAAGCUCAAGAGCCUCGAAGGCCUUCAACACCUCCAGUCGCUUCAGAAGAUCGAUUUGCGGAAGAAUAACCUCGACUCUACCAAGUCCCUCAAACCUAUAUUGUACUUGUUCAUCCAAAUUAAUGACCAGUUCAACAACGUCUAUCUCAACAACAACAAGCUUCCCAAAAGUUUCCGGAUCGAUCUUUUCAAUUUAAUCAACGGGAUUAAGUCCAAAAACAACUUCAAAAUUGAUGAUUCUCGCCCGGGUUACUUUGAAUCAGCCCUUCUUUUAGAUAAUGAAGCAGCCGUCAGAAAUCUUCAUAAUUUUUUCAAAUCAAACCUUACCUCAAGAGACAGCCUUGAUCUCGUGAGCUCUUUGCUGAACUUGAACCUCCAUGACGAUACCAAACCAUUCAUUCCUUUGUCAAAUAACCAAAACGUCACCAACGUCGAAUUGGGUAAAUUGACCAAGUCCACGACCAACCACAGCAUUUCAGAUGCAAAGGACAGUCCCACGAGUGUUGUGACACAGGUGCAAGUAACGGCUCGGAUGAGUACCUAACAAUAACCACAUUAAUGUUUUUGUAGUUUUAAUGCUGAUAACGAAUCUUUUCCCUG